CAGCAAACAUCAUAUAUGUAAGAGAGUGAGCAACACGAGCCUUUGACUCUGUCUUCUCAUCCCAAAACCGAAAAAAAAAAUUCACAUUUCAACUUCCAAGUGAAGAAGACGAACAAGACUAUAUAUGUUUAUAGUUAACUUCUCACAGCCGACUGACACUGACCCUUUUGGUACCUUUCUUUCAUAACCCUCCAAACGGCAAAAUUCCAAGCUUGUCUCUAUCUUUUGCUUAUAUUCUUGUUCCAGACGGAGAAGAAUAAGUAUAAGCCAGAGUCUUCCUUUUGUUUUAUAUGUGUAAUAAAUUUGUGCUUUUGUCUUGCUUUGAUGUUUUUCCUUGGUUUAUGAUCAAACUUUGAAGAUCAGUUUCUUUGGUGUUGUUGAGUUGGUAUCUCUCUUGUUCUUUUUUUCAUGUAAUCUGCAAGACCCUUUUGACUUUCUCUGCAUAUUUUUUUUAUUUGUUUCUUAUCUUAAUAACAAUGGAAAAUAAAGAGCAUAGGAAGUUUUCAGAGGUGUUAUCAGAGCUAGUAGCAUCAGCCAAGGAGGUUACUUCACUGGCCCAAAGCUCUGAGACUGAAAUAAAAAGGCAAGUGUUCUCUGAAUUUGCAAUCUUGGUUGAUAAAUUUGUUCCAGUUCUCAAUUAUUUAAAAGACCAUAUUAAGAUUAUGGAACACCCACCAGUCCAAAAAGCUGUAGAAUCACUUGGGAAAGAGUUUAUUAGUCGUGCCAAAGCUAUAAUCGCAAACCCCAAUUCAAAAACAGUGCUUAAAGAAGUGGAGGACAUGGUUCAUGAUUUAGGGAGAUCUUUAGGCUUUGUUCUCUUUGUUAGCCUUGAAGUCUCUACAGAUUUCAAGGAUCAUAUUGGGACACUGCAUAAGGAUUUGAUGAAUGCUAAGUUUGACAUGAGUUUGGUUGUGAGCUCGACCCCGAGCUCGAGCCGUUAUUCUGAGAUCAUUAGUGAGUUGGAAGAGGAAGAAGAAAUUCAGGAGGAGAAGAUAAGUGUUGGUAUAGAUGAUGUUGUGGUGACUCUCAAGUAUGGUCAUGAUGAAAAGAUAAGAUUGGCUCUUUUGUUGUUAAGAGAACUAGUUGGAGAUAAGAAGGUUGAUGAUGAUUGGAUUGAACAUGGAGGAGUCAUUCCUGCUUUGUGUAACCGGUUGGGUUCUAGUAAGCCAGAAUACAGGCUGAUCAUCAUUCAUUUGCUGAGAAAUCUUGCUUCGGACAAUGCCAGAAACAAGGAGAAGAUGGCAGAUGUGGGGUUUUUGUCAACAUUGGUGAAAUCUUUGAUUCGCGAAGAGGAGGAAAGGAGGGAAGCAGUUGGCCUGUUAUUGAAUCUCUCUGAACUCUCGGCCGUUCGAAGGCAGAUUGGUCGAAUCCAGGGCUGUAUUGUUAUGUUAGUUGCAUUGCUAAAUGGGGAUGACCCUAUUGCUUCAUGUGAUGCAGGAAAAUUGUUAAAUUUAUUGUCUAGCAACACUCAAAAUGCACUUCAUAUGGCUGAGGCAGGCUACUUCAAGCCACUAGUUUGGUACCUUAAGGAAGGUUCUGACAUGAGCAAGAUUCUCAUGGCAACAGCUCUUUCGAGGAUAGAGCUCACAGAUCAAAGUAGAGCCUCCCUUGGAGAAGAUGGGGCAAUAGAACCCCUUGUAAGAAUGUUUAGUACAGGAAAACUUGAAGCCAAGCUGUCUGCUCUAAAUGCAUUGCAGAACUUGUCAAGCUUGGCUGAAAAUGUCCAACAUUUAAUCCGUUUGAGCAUUUUAUCACCUUUGCUUCAGCUUCUCUUUUCUGUUACCUCGGUUCUUAUGACUCUUAGAGAGCCUGCAUCUGCAAUUCUAGCAAGGAUUGCUGAAUCUGAAUCUAUUCUUGUUAAUCAAGAUGUGGCUCAGCAGAUGCUCUCACUCUUGAACCUUUCAAGUCCUGUAAUACAGAUUCACCUAUUACAAGCACUCAAUAGCAUUGUCUCCCACCCUAGUGCAUCUAAAGUUAGAAGAAAAAUGAAGGAAAAUCGAGCUAUGCAGCUUCUCUUGCCUUUUUUGACAGAGACCAACUUAAAAAUUAGGAGCAGUGCCUUGAAUUUGCUUCAUACUCUUUCUAAAGAUUUGUCACAAGAAUUGUCAGAACAUCUAGGGGAAGCGUAUAUCAAUGUAAUCAUCAACAUUAUCUCAUCAUCAUCAUCCGAACGUGACAAAGCUGCGGCAUUAGGAAUACUAAGCAAUUUUCCCAUCAAUGAUAAGAAGUUUACAGAGUUGCUUAAGAGAGAAAACUUAUUACCACUUAUUGUCUCUAUAAUGACUUCAAGCCCUGCAACUAAAACACUUGACACACAGCAUUUGGAAGAAAGUGUAACAGGCGUAUUGGUUCGGUUCACUAAUCCUUCUGAUAAGAAACUACAGCUGUAUUCAGCAGAACAUGGAGUGAUUCCCUUACUUGUGAAGUUGCUUUCAAGCGAGUCAUCGGUAGCUAAAUGUAAAGCUGCAACCUCACUAGCUCAAUUGUCACAAAAUUCACUCUCUUUACGAAAGUCUAAGACCUCAAGUUGGUUCUGUGCUCCUCCUUCUGCAAGUGCCUACUGUGAAGUUCAUGAGGGAUACUGCUUUGUGAAGAGCACACUAUGUUUGGUAAAGGCCGGUGCUGUAUCGCCACUGCUUAAAACAUUGGAAGGCAAAGAGAGGGAAGCUGAUGAAGCUGUCCUAAGUGCCUUGGCAACUCUACUUCAAGAUGAAAUUUUGGAAAACGGGAGCAAUUACAUAGCCAAAACAUUGCAAGUACAAGCCAUUGUAAAAGUUUUGGAAUCAGGGAACACCAAGGCACAAGAGAAAGCACUAUGGAUACUUGAGAGGAUUUUCAGGAAUAAUGAACACAAAUUACAAUAUGGGGAGUCUGCUCAGGUUCUCCUUAUUGAUCUGGCUCAACAAGGUGAUUCGAGAUUGAAGCCAGCUAUCGCCAAGGUGUUGGCACAGCUUGAGCUCUUGCAGGAUCAGUCUAGUUACUUUUGACCCAAAUCAUUCUGUGUGUGCGAGAGUUGUGCUUGUGAUUUGUUUAUUAUUUAUUGUUUUGUUUUUUCUCCUUUUGUUUCUUCUGUAUAGACAUUCAUUGAAUCUGAUACAUCCAAAUCCUUAUUGUAGCAUCAUCAAACUUUGUAAUGGUUUUUGCUGAAAUAAGUUUUGAAGUUAUGCAUAUCAGAUUUGCUCAA